UGCACUGGGACCGGACCGGUGGAGGAAGUCAUGGUAGUUCCUAACUUCCUACCUGGUACAAAUUAUUUUUGUAUAGGCGUGUGAAGAGUCAGGACCGCACGCAGGCAUCUACUAAAGUAGUUAGGCACACAAGGUAGCAAGAAUCUUCAUUCAUAAGCUCAUAUACCCAUCUCCAGUACCAUUCUGCCUCUUCUCAACAACUGCAAAUCAGAAGCUAGAAGAUGGAGAACACCCUUGUCCUGUAUCCAGCACCAGGAAUAGGCCAUAUGAUCUCGAUGCUGGAGCUGGCCAAGUUAAUCCUUCGCCACUACAGCAACAAAUUCUCAAGAAUCCACAUCCUCAUCACCACUGGCUUUCGUGACAUCAAAUCAACUUACCUUGACUACAUUUCCAGGACUAAUCCCUGCAUUAUCUUCCACCAAUUCCCCUUCAUUCAAGCGGAUUUCUCUUCUAAUCUCAGUCCACCUGCCAUUGCGUUCAAAUUCAUCCGCAAGAAUGCUCCCAAUGUCCACCAUGCUCUCCAGGAAAUCUCUAAGACAUCAUCCAUUAGGGCUAUGAUCAUUGAUUUUUUCUGCACAUCAGCGAUGCCUUAUUCCAAUAAUCUUGGCACCCCGGUUUACUAUUUCUUUACUUCUGGUGCUGCAGCUCUUGCUCUUUAUCUGUACUUUCCCACAAUCCACAAGCAAACAAGUGAAAGCUUUAAAGAUCUUGUUCAGACUAAGUUUGAUGUUCCAGGGUUGCCUCCUAUACCAGCAACACAUAUGCCUGAGCCAGUGCUGGACAGAGUUGACCCUGCCUCUGAUGAUAUACUAUAUUUUUCUGUUCAUCUCCCUAAGAGUAGUGGUAUCAUAGUUAACACAUUUGACGAGCUAGAACCUAUUGCUUUGAAGGCAAUUACAGAUGGUCUGUGUGUUCCUGAUGCUCCUACUCCACCCCUAUACAACAUUGGGCCAUUGAUAGCUGAAGCUGAUAGUAGACCAGCUGAAGAUGGUGAUGAAGGUAUUGACUUGGAUCAGAGUGAUUGCUUCUCAUGGCUUGAUAGACAGCCGAACAAAUGUGUAGUGUUCUUGUGCUUUGGAAGCCGAGGAACUUUCUCAGUUGAGCAGAUAACGGAGAUUGCUAAAGGGUUGGAAAGAAGUGGUAAGAGAUUCCUGUGGGUUGUCAAAAAACCUCAAGGCGACAACAAAAGCACACAGGUUAAUGGAUCAGGUGGUUUUGAGAUUGACAGCAUACUACCAGAGGGGUUUCUGGAGAAAACCAAAGGUAUAGGCCUGGUUGUGAAGUCAUGGAUACCUCAGAUGCAGGUGCUGAGACACCCUGCAGUGGGGGGAUUUGCGACUCACUGUGGGUGGAACUCAAUCUUGGAAGCCGUGGUUGCAGGUGUGCCGAUGGUGGCUUGGCCGCUAUAUGCUGAACAGCAUGUUAACAUGGCUGCACUGGUCCAAGACAUGAAGAUGGCAAUUCCAGUGGAGCAAGGCAAUGAUGGCAUUGCAAGUGCGGAGGAGGUCGAAAAAAGGAUUAGAGAAUUGAUGGAUUCAGAGAGAGGACAAGAGCUUAGAGAGCUGAGCAAGAUGAUAAGAGACAUAGCUGUUGAAUCUGGGCAACAUUUAGGCUCUUCUAGUAUUGCCCUUUCUAACUUGAUUCGCGUUUUGUUUGGAAACUAAAAGCAACCAAAAUUCCCCAAUCCCUCCCUACAUCUUUCAGGGCUCCCAUUUCUUUGGCUAGACCCAAAAAGCUUCAAGUCUUUGAGCUGUAUUUAAGAUAAUAAAACAUUGAUUAUCGAA